UAGCAGAUCAACGUCAACCAAGCUUCGAAGCAAUUGAGGUCGACGCGCCGACAUAUCGCAAAGGUAAGGCAUUGAGUUCAGUCCUUCCAACGUUCUAAUUCCGUUACUGACUGCGACUUCGGUCGCACAGAUGCUUCCUGCUAGACUUGGUCGACGGUCAGUUCUGCGCAGCGCAGUGGCUGCUGCGCAGAGACUCCCUACGACUCAGCGACGAACUUUCAUCCCACCGCAGUACUCGGACGCGAAGGUUCUGGAAGAGAAGUUUCCGACUCCCCACGAAUUAAGCCCUGCCCAAGACCCGGACAUGAACGGCGGUUACAUUAACCCUCCGGCAAUCAAACGCCAGCACCGCGACCCUCAUGCCGACUGGUGGGACCCUCAAGAGCGACGAAACUUUGGCGAGCCCAUUCACGAAGACAACGACAUUCUGGGCAUGUUUUCGCCCUAUGACUACACAUGGACAACAACCGGGCCUGGCCUGAUUAUGAUGGGCACCUUUGUCGCUACGUUUUUGGGUGUUUGUGGCGUCGUCUACAUGAAUUAUCCAGACAAGGUGGCAUACCCUCGAGAAUUCGAGGCAGGAUUGGAAAGGGAGUUGGGCGGCCCAGGUGCUGUCAGGGCACGCAAAGCUGGGGAUGAGGAUCCUUGAAGUUAGAAACACCCAUGAGAGGCUUCCUUUUGUACGUUCCAGCAGUCGAGAUGGGGAAGGACAUAUAACAGUUGACGGGGCCGUUGUACAACUUGAGUACACAGUGGUUUCGUUCCUCGGCAGUUGAAUUUCGCGCUGCGACUAUCGAGCGCCUGCAUGGUUGUAUUCACCCCAAUGAUCCAGUUGGUAUAUCUACCUUACCAUCAGUUUGCCAGUGCAUGCGGCGUUCAAGUAGUUGCCAGAAUCCGUUCCAUGCGGUUUAUCUUUCUAUUUAUCGCAUAAGUCCAACGCGCUCGGUAGCAGCUUAUGAAUGUGAG